UGCGAUACUAAGGAUGCAAAAUACAGUGAAACGCGACGAAGAAGAAUAAAAAAACAUGGCGGAGAGAGAAGUGGGUGUCAUCGGUGGCGCUAGCGAUUAUCCAGGGGGUAAUGUGUUACCGAAAUCACCUGAAGAUGAAAGCUCGGAGAGUCCUGCAUCUCAGCAUUCCCAGGACCUCAAAAGCAUCCUGGUCACCAGCGUUUUAAACCUCGAGAAGCUCGACGUUGACCUGUACAGAGGGACGCACCACUGGGUGCCCCGCAGUCAGCGUUUGUUUGGGGGUCAAAUAGUCGGUCAGGCCCUUGUAGCUGCUGCCAAAUCGGUCAGCGAUAAUCUCUAUGCCCAUUCUCUCCACUGCUACUUUGUACGAACAGGGGAUCCUAAGGUUCCAGUGCUGUACCAGGUGGACCGUAUAAGAGAUGGACGCAGUUUCACAGUGCGCUCUGUGAGGGCCAUCCAGCAUGGACAGCCUAUACUUAUCUGCCAAGCGUCCUUCCACAUGUUGCAGCCGAGUCCCCUGCAGCACCAGUUCACCAUGCCGGUGGUCCCUCAGCCUGAAGACCUCCUCACUGGAGAGGAGCUUAUUCGUCUUUAUCUCAGUAAACCAAACCUGGCAGAGAAAUUCAAACAGGGCCUAAACAAACUGCUGGCGAAUGAGGUCCCCAUUGAGAUAAAGCCAGUGAACCCACCACACUUUUACAGACUUGCUGCAACUGAGCCGAAGACGCUGUUCUGGGUGCGAGCACGAGGCUAUAUUGGUGAAGGCAACAUGAAGUUGCAUUGCUGCGUUGCUGCGUAUGUAUCAGACUUUGCAUUCCUGGGCACAGCACUGCUGCCUUAUCCCGACUACAGGGCUCAGUUCUCGGCCUCCCUGGACCACGCCAUGUGGUUCCACACCACUUUCCGCAGCGAUGAGUGGAUGUUGUAUGAGUGCGAGAGCCCAUGGGCAGGGGGCAGCAGGGGACUGGUUCAAGGCCGACUGUGGAGAAGGGAUGGGGUGCUGGCUGCCUCGUGUUCCCAGGAGGGUGUCCUGAGAGUGAAACCAGUCACAGAGCCCAGCAAACUAUAAGCACAUUCCUUUUUGAUUGUUUCUAUGCGUUACUCUAAUCAUAUAACUGUUGUUUGAUUUUUAUACAUAAAUGUUUAAAAGUAUAAUGUGUGCAACCUGCUCCAUACAGGGCAGUAUUUCACCUCUACUGCUGACUCCAUUCAAAUUCAUCAAUCAUCAAACUCAUCAGUUAUUAAAAAACAAUUAGAGGAUGUUAACCUGUUUAUAUUUUAGUUGUAGCAGUUUGUCAUA